AUGCCAAACGAUGACAAGAAGCCCCAAAACGCCCCAAUUCCCCUCUCAACGACCGAAAACUCCCCCCUCGUGCCGAAGCGCAGUCUAUGGAGCCUUCCUCCGUCCGUGAAGCGCAUCUUCGACAAAUUCCCACUCGUCACGGACGAAGCGAACGAACUCCCCGCGAGAGCGCCGAGGAGUCGAGGCGAGAAUGUGUUGCAUGUCUUCACUACGGAGGAUGGUGCGAGGGAUGGGAGGCCGAGCUUUAAUCCUGGGUGCUUGAAGUGGCAGGCAUACCUCCGCUUCUCAGGCGUGACCUUCCAGACGGCGGUUUCUAGUAACCAUGCUAGUCCCACUGGAAUUCUCCCCUUCCUACAGCCUGCUGCGCCCGCGACGGAUCCUAUCCCUGGGAAUAAGCUCAGGAAAUGGCUCUCUUCGCAGAAAGAGGUGCGCAGUGUUGUUGCUGAGCCGGAGGAUGUGAGGUAUGAGGCGUACGCUUCGCUGCUGGAUCAUCGGGUCAGGAAGGCUUGGCUCUACCAACUCUACCUCGACCCCCGAAACGCGCCCCUCGUCCACCACCUCUACGUAGGACCCUGCUCAACGCACCGCCUCGUCCAGACGGCCCUCACGCGCCAGCUCCGGCAUGGAGCGAGUAUGGAGCUCGUCAAGAGCGCUGGUAAUACCGACGUCUCGACUCUGGACUUACUGCGAGAUGCCGAGGAAGCGUUCGAAGCUUUAUCAACGCUCCUGGGGGACGAUGCGUACUUCUUUAGCUCGACGGAACCGACCCUCUUCGACGCGAGUGUGUUUGCGUAUACGUGUCUGAUUCUGAAUGAGGAGUUGGGCUGGAGGCAUAAUCCGCUCGGGGAGAGGUUGGGGAGGUAUGGGAAUUUGGUGAGGCAUCGGGGGAAGAUUUUGGAGGGGUGGUUUUAG